UUUGCUUAUGGUAAUAAUUUACUAUUUCUUUAAAGCUAAAAAUACACAUAUCAGUUGAAAUUUGGUUUUUGUAUCCAAAUUGGUUAUCUUCAGUAUGAAGUUCAUUUUGUAUUCUGUUAUACAUAAUGCUCUCAAAAAUUUUAGAAAAUGAAGAUGACACAGUUAUGGGACGGUAGUUGUCACUAAUUGCAAAAUCUAAAAGCUUCCCUUUCAAUAGUGGCAUGAUUUUAGCGUCAAUGACAGCCUCUGGUAAAAACUCGUGCACCAAAAAACAAUUCGACAUAAGCGAUAAAAAUACUACAAUAAUAAAAGGACAUCUACGAUAAAAUUCAUUGGGUACAUUAUCAAGACCAACCGCUUUGCCAUCUUUCAACUUAUCUAUAAUUGUCUUUAUUUCCUCUACUGUAACGUGAUCGAUGUAUUCAUCUUCAAUGUGGUUAUAAUGUCUGAAAAAUUCCUUUCGAUGUGCUUCGUCCUCUAGCGAGUUCAAGAUCGAGCCGUACUUGGCCGCCCACAUAUUGGCAAUGUCCUUGUCACCCACCGCUCCACCGAUGCGGUCGGGCCUCGCCGCCGCUCCGCCGCUAGAUCCUGACACACUUCUCCAGAACGCCCUAGAGUUCCCCGACGCGAGCCUACGUGACAUCGCCUCGGCUCGCAUCGCCUCUUCGUCGCGACGGCACUGGCGUAAGGCGCCAGGCAAUAAGACAAUUGCUAGCAGACUUCUUGGAUGGUUUUCAAGACUCCAGUUUGACCUUCAAGACACUUUGCACACCAGAGUCAUCCUCCGAAAGGCAGAAAGGCACACCAAAAUAUAACCAAAUAACUUUCCUGCUGCCAGGACCUUUGGAGCACUAGAGUGUGUAGCACUGCAGGUUGAACAGCCCCUCAAAUCUCCCAUAAGAACAGAACUUACCAUGGCAACAGUUGUGAUGACUUCAAGAUUUACUACUGUUGUACAGGGUAGCUUUUACUUUUGUACAUCAUGUGCUGUUUGUAAGACUGUGCCCAAAAAUCUGAGAGGAAGGAAUAAAAGCUCACAGGAUUGGUUGACAAGGCAGCUAAAUGACCCUUACGUGAAAUUGGCCAAGCAACAUCAGUACAGAGCACGAAGUGCAUUCAAGCUGAUAGAGAUUGACAAGCAGUGUCAUCUGCUGCAGCCUGGACAGGUGGUGGUGGAGUGUGGUGCUGCACCAGGGGCCUGGACACAAGUGGCUGUAAUGGGUGUCAACAGUCUUCCACAUGCCAGAAACAAGAGUCAGGGGAUGGUGAUAGGAAUUGACUUACAGAGCAUCCAUCCACUGGCUGGGGCCACUCUGCUAGGUGGAAGAGACUUCACAUCACCACAGACACAGCAACAAGUACUGGAACUCAUCAGCAACAGAAAGCAGAUUGAUGUUGUGUUGUCAGAUAUGGCACCAAAAGCUUCAGGCAUUAAAGACUUGGAUCAUGAAAACAUCAUAAGCCUGGCCUAUGCUGCUCUUGGGUUUGCUGUUCAGAACACAGCAGGAGGAGGCAGCUUCCUGUGCAAGGUAUGGGAAGGGUUCCUGACACAGCAGCUGAUCAAUGACAUGAAGAAAUCAUAUAGGACAGUGAAGGUUGUGAAGCCACCAGCAAGUAGGGGAGAUUCAUCUGAAAAAUUCUUAGUUGGUAAAGAAUUAUUCCAUGAGCCAUAUAAUACAGAAUGUGACACUGCAUAAAAGGUUUGUCAGACUGGGCAAAACGUCCAUCCUUCAAUCAGUUUCACAAUUAUUGUUGGCUGUGAUAGUAGCCUUGCACGUGGGUAUAUCAUUGUCUCUAUGUAUAUAUUAUAUAUGUGUAUAUAAUUAUACUGUUACAUGCUUCAUGGUGCUCCUGCGUCUUACAUUGUGUUGCAUUAUGGAAGAUGGGAUGUUCCCGUGUCUAUAGUCUCCCAUGGCAUCAUCCACAGUCAGCCACCUGUCUCUGCCUGUGACAAUCACUGCUCUACAUGCUCUGUACCCCUCUGUACCUUUGACUGUUUUAUCCCUUCAUACAAUCCAGCAAAUGCUCUGUGAUUGGUUGUUGUGUUCUUUACAACUUAAUACAUCUUAGUGUCAUGGUU